AUGCUGAAGCGGAAGCUCCAGGACCUAACUGUAUGCUGCACAUACCAAGUCAACUUCCUGCACAAUAAAAUCCAUGGCUCGAAAGAAUUCCGACGCCAAUAUCGACUACUGCAAGAACUUGGUCGUGGUGGCUUCGGCAUUGUAUAUCAAGCCGAAAGGGUCAGCGAUGGUCUACCAGUCGCUGUGAAAUUUAUUCGACAUAAAAAUGUGCGAGAAUGGACUAUGCAUAACGGUCAGCUACUCCCCUCCGAGCUUGUUCAUCUACAAGCCUGCCGUCAAAUUUCCGGGGUCAUCGGGUUUAUCGAUUGGUUUGCGAACUCCAAGGGCUUUUUACUCGUUAUGGAGCGUCCAGAAGAAUGUAUGGAUCUUUUUGACCUUGUCGCCAAGUAUGGGAGACUUGACGAGACGACGGCUCAAGGCAUUUUUCUGCAGGUCGUUGAUGCUGUCUGCGCAAUGUAUGCUGAUCACGGGCUUGUACAUCGCGAUAUUAAGGACGAGAACCUGAUCAUCGACUUGAAAACCGGCCUCGUGAAAUUGGUCGACUUCGGCGCGGCGGCACGUGCCGAGAGAGCGAUGAAGAAAGAAUUUCAAGGGACUCGAUCUUACUGCCCGCCAGAAUGGUUUCGGCGAUUGGAAUACUUGCCGUUAGAGGCCACUUCUUGGUCCCUCGGUGUGCUCCUCUACAUCCUUCUCACCGGAAAUCUACCCUUCAAGAACGAGAUCCAGAUCUGCCUAGGCAGAAUCAACUAUCCCUCUUACCUAUCGAAAGAUGUCAUUUCUCUACUCCGACGCUGCCUAUCGACCUACCCGGGGACGCGUGCCUCGUUUGUCGAGAUUCGGCAGCACCCCUGGCUGGCACGACCUAUGGAAACACAUGCCUGCACAUUUAAAGAGGCUCUAGAAAAGCAAAGCGGAAAGAUUCCAGGAAUCGAUCGCUCGCCUCGCAUGCGAAAUGAAGACUCGCGGCAAGCCAGCGAAGAGCUUCUCCUUGAGAAAAUGCUACUGUCUGACCGCCAUCAUCGACGAGUCUCAAAAAUUUCUGCCUCUAGCAGCCAACGAACAGAAAAGUUUAAGGAAACAUCACCGGUUUCGAACCUCUCCCGUGAUGAGAGCAGUAUGCAAUCGUUGCAUACGUGUUUGGAGAGCUUGCCGUCAACAUGUAAUCUCCCAAGAAUGCACUCUCGAUACGAUAAUAUCUCAGCCUCAUCUUUGGCUGAUUAUAUGAGCAUUGCUUCUGAAGAUACCAGAACCGAUACAAUGAGCGUGGCAACGGGUUGUGCCUAUUUUUCAGCUAGUGAGUAUCAGGAAGAUACGGACGAUGACGGAUCUGUCAUAUCCGAUUUCUAUAGACCAGCCGGUUCUAUGAAUAGUUUGGGACGUCAUCGAAAACGAUCAGUGGCUGCGAGAUCCUUCGAGCGUGAACUGGGUACGGUAGCGGAAAGUGAAACCCCCUACGAUCCGAUGACGGCUUCACAAAUUUCCGGAACCUCCACCAUUGAAGACAAAACUCUCAUCGAAGACCAAAAACCCAAAUCAUCACCCUCUUCUAAACUUCGACCAUUCCUUUCCUACCGUAAUACCGUCAUUUCCAGGAUACCUUUAUUAAAUACAGCCCGAGUCCCUGCUAAC